UCAAAACUGAAAAGUCGAUGAAACGAAACUUGUCAAUAGCAAAAUAUCCCAGACCUCCCUUACUUUUUGAUAUUUUCACCUCCCUUUUCAUCUUACCCCGUAUAAUUUAUUUCGCAUUUCUUCGAUCAUCAUAAAAAUCACCAUCGCUUACUUGAAGAAAAGCGGUGGAGAAAAAUGGCCGAUCAAAUCGCACGAGGAGAAGAAUUCGAGAAGAAAGCGGAGAAAAAGCUGAGCGGAUGGGGUCUCUUUGGCUCCAAAUAUGAAGACGCUGCCGAUUUAUUCGACAAAGCUGCCAAUGCGUUCAAGCUUGGCAAAUCCUGGGAUCAGGCUGGUGCAGUGUAUGUUAAGUUGGCUACUUGUCACUUGAAGCUGGAUAGCAAGCAUGAGGCUGCUAAUGCGUACGCUGAUGCUGCUCAUUGCUACAAAAAGACUAACACAAAAGAGUCAAUAUCAUGCCUGGAGCAAUCUGUGAAUUUGUUUCUGGAUAUUGGAAGACUCAGCAUGUCUGCUAGAUAUUACAAGGUAGAAAAGUUAGUAAUAUUAUGUCCAAUGUUGUUGUAUAUCCGUUUUGUUAAUCAUCAUGUUCUGCACUUAGGUUGAAAUAGGACAAAUUAC